GAAAGUAACAUAAGCAUACUUAUAUUCUUAUGCUAGAAAAGAAACAAGAGGAUCGAGGCACAUAGUACUAUAGUAGCAGCAGAAACUCAUCGCUGCUGCAAGCUUUUUUUUUUUUUUGAACAAACCGGCGAGCUGCCAAUUUGAAUAGAGAAGGAGCAUCGCUGCUGCAAGCUCAAUUCAUGGCUUCAUACAAGUGCUAGCUUUGCCCUGAUCCAUCCAUGGCGGGCUUACCAGCAGAAGCAACUGCAACAAAGGUAGCGAUGCUCGCUGUACUCAGGCCAGCGUCUCCACCACCUUCAGUCUCAUGGAAUAUGUUCUGCUGCUAAUUCUUACACUCCAAUUGUUGCUUUGUUUCUGCUACCUGUUUUAUGCCAAACUGCAGUGAACAGGUGACCAGCUACUUUUUUCUUUCUCCCCUUUGCUGGCACUUGAUAAUUUCUCACAUGUAAAAUGAAUGAAAAAUUUGAGUUCCUCGCCAGUCCAGAUAUAGACACCAGUGCCCUCGACAAGUGACCCUGAUCUUAUCAUCCACACGAUGCCCUCGCCAAGUCACCAUGAUAUCAUCAUCCAAGAUGAAUAGGAACUUUGCACACCAACCGAAUAGGGGUAGAGGGAUCACUGCACUAUAUGAAAUUUACAGUGAUCAUGCUAACAGAUAUCGUGCAUUCCUUGCCAACCUACAAUGCUGUCACUUUCUGAAACGUUAAAAGUGGAUCUCCCUUGCUGAUUUUUCCUAUGGCAACCAUAUUAGAUUCUUUGGUUGGAUCAUGUGCCAAUAAGUUGAAAGAGAUUAUUACUGAAGAGGUGAUACUUAUUCUAGGGAUACAAGAAGAGCUCGCAGAGUUGCAGCGGAAGACUGAACUCAUACAUUGUUGUAUUAGUGAUGGCUGUGAUGCUGAGGCAAGGAGGAUGGAAGAGUCAGCAGUUGACAAUUGGCUUGGUCAGCUAAGAGAAGUUCUAUAUGAUAUUAUGAUGUUGAUGAUAUUAUUGACUUGGCUAGAUUUAAGGGGAGCAUUCUACUAACUGAUCAUCCUUCAUCGUCAUCAAGGAAGUCAAUUGCUUGCACUGGCCUGUCAAUUUCCACUUGCUUUUCUAAUGUUCAAGCACGUCAUGAGGUUGCUGUGAAGAUUAGAAGUCUCAACAGGAAGAUAGAAAACAUUUCGAAGGACAGAGUAUUUUUGACACUCAAGAGUACGGUUCCUACUGGAAGCAGUUCAGUAUUGAGAGUGAGAAAAAGUUCCCACCUACUUGAGCCCAACAUUGUUGGCAAGGAGAUCAUACAUGCCUGCAGAAAAAUGGUAGAUUUAGUGCUUGAACAUAAGGGAAGAAAACUUUAUAAGCUUGCAAUUGUUGGGACUGGGGGAGUUGGUAAGACAACAUUAGCUCAGAAAAUAUACAAUGAUAGAAAAAUAAAAGGAAGUUUCAACAAAAAGGCCUGGGUUUGUGUUUCCAAAGUGUACUCUAAAGCUUCUCUUUUGAGAGAACUUCUUCGAAUUAUGGAAGUUCAUCAUGAUCAAGAUGAAUCAAUUGGAGAGCUCCAGAGCAAGCUUGAAAUAGCAAUUAAGGAGACAAGUUUUUUCCUUGUGUUGGAUGACAUGUGGCAAUCUGACGCAUGGACAAAUUUAUUAAGAAUUCCGUUGCAUGCUGCAGAAAUGGGAGCAAUUCUCAUAACAACUAGAAAUAAUAUUGUUGCCUUAGAAAUCGGAGUGGACCAUACUUAUCGAGUUGAUUUGAUGUCAACCGACGUAGGAUGGGAGCUACUUUGCAAGAGCAUGAAUAUCAGUGAAAGCAUAGAAUUGCAAACUCUGCAGGAUGUUGGGAUUGAGAUUGUUCGCAAAUGUGGUUGCCUUCCUCUUGCAAUCAAGGUUAUUGCUAGAGUGUUAGCGAGUAAAGAACAAACAGAGAACGAAUGGAAAAAAAUAUUGAGCAAAAAUGCUUGGUUCAUGAACAACCUUCCAAAUGAUUUGAGAGGUGCUUUAUAUCUGAGUUACGAUGAGUUACCACGUCAUUUGAAGCAAUGCUUUCUUUAUUGUAGUGUAUAUCCUGAAGAUGCAAACAUUUACCAUGAUGAUCUUACAAGGAUGUGGAUCGCUGAAGGCUUUAUAGAGGACCAUGGAGGUCAACUACUAGAAGAAACAGCAGACGAGUAUUACUAUGAGCUGAUCCACCGGAACCUUCUUCAACCAGAUGGUUUAUAUUAUGACCACAGCAGCUGCAAAAUGCAUGAUCUUUUAAGGCAGCUUGCUUGUUAUUUGUCAAGGGAAGAAUGUUUUGUUGGAAACCCAGAAUCAUUGGUAGGUAACACUGUGUCUAAACUUCGACGUGUUUCAGUCGUCACAGAUAAGAACAUGGUAAUGUUACCUAGCAUGGACGAGGUGCAAUAUAAAGUAAGGACAUGGAAAACUUCUUAUGAGAAAACACUCAGAGUUGAUAAUUCAUUUUUCAAGAGAUUUCCUUAUCUUCGUGUUUUAGAUUUGACUGAUUCAUUUGUACCAAGCAUCCCAGGUUGCAUCGGGAAUUUGAUCCAUCUACGUUUGCUUGAUCUUGAUGGUACCAAUGUAUCUUGUCUUCCAGAGUCCAUUGGCAACCUGAAAAAUCUUCAAAUAUUGAACUUGGAGAGGAGUGUUGCUUUGCACAGUCUUCCUUCAGCGAUCACCCAACUGUGCAAUUUAAGGCGCCUUGGCCUCAAUUAUUCACCGAUAUAUCAAGUUCCAAAAGGGAUUGGCAAAUUGGAAUUUCUCAAUGAUGUAGAAGGGUUUCCAGUCUAUGGUGGCAGUAGUAAUACUAAAAUGCAAGAUGGAUGGAACUUGGAAGAGUUGGCUUAUCUUUACCAGCUAAGGCGGCUUCAUAUGAUUAAAUUGGAAAGAGCAGCUUACCGCACUACUUACCCAUUGUUAACAGACAAAGGGUUUCUGAAAUUUUUGUAUCUAUGGUGUACUGAACGUACAGAUGAACCAUACACAGAAAAAGAUUUCAGCAAUAUUGAGAAGAUCUUUGAGCAGCUAAUUCCGCCGUGCAACCUGGAAGAUCUUGCUAUUGUUAAAUUCUUCGGUCGCCAGUAUCCCUUCUGGAUAGAUUCUACCCAUUUGGCUUAUGUAAAAUCCUUGCAUCUCUUCAACUGCAAAUUCUGUAUGCACCUUCCACCAGUUGGGCAGCUACCCAACUUGAAAUAUCUAAAAAUUGAGGGAGCAGCUGCAGUUACCAUUAUUGGACCCGAAUUUGCUGGCCACAGGGCGAGUAAUCUUGGACGAACAGUUGCUUUCCCCAAGCUUGAAGAGUUGCUCAUUAGAGAUAUGCCCAACUGGGAAGAGUGGUUCUUUAUUGAUGAAGCAACGUCAACUGCUAAGGAAAGGGUUGAUGAUGGAGAUUCUGCAAUACCAAAAGAGAAAGCAUUACCUCCAAGGAUGCAGAUACUGUCACGGUUGAGGAGGCUGGAACUUUCUGGCUGCCCAAAGCUGAAAGCUCUUCCACAGCAGCUUGCACAGAUUAACAGUCUGAAGGAGAUAGAGCUAAGAUGGGCAAGCAGCCUGAAGGUGGUGGAGAACUUCCCCCUCCUCUCUGAGAUGCUUUUGAUUGCGACAUGUCAAGCCCUGGAGAAAGUCUCUAACCUUCCUCAAGUGCGAGAGCUGCGCGUGCAAGAUUGUCCAAACUUGAGACUUGUUGAGGAUUUGAGCACUUUGGAGCAGUUGUGGCUUUAUGAGGAUAUGCAUGAGGUCUCUACAUUGUGGGUGCCUGGGCUUCAACAGCAGUGCCGGCAACAUCAUGGAGAGGAUCUUGAAGUCUACAAUUGGACAUAGUAAUAAUGUAUGGAUGCCCAAAAUUAUUUGGACGCUUCAGUUGUUUGAUGCAAGGGGGAUGCUGAUCAGUGCCCCUUUUGGAUACUUCAACCUUCCUAAUGUUCCAUGAUUCAGAACUCAAGUUCUUGCCGCAAAAUGGUUUCUGUACACACAAAAAUGGCUAAAAUUUCAAAUGCCAACUGCGAUUAACAGCAGAUUGAGUUGCUGAUGGAGGUGAAAACUCACUAUGCUUUAGAGUUCGCUCCCAAAUCAUCAACCCUCUUAUAUGGACUCCGAAAUCAGAAUCUGAGUUUUGUGUUCAGUUAUUUCAGUUCAGUGAUCUAGUUUCAUCUCAACUGUUCCGAGUAAUUAACAACUGGAGUAGAAAUUAUCCUUCCCCUGAACUGAAUCACAAAUGCAUCGCAAAGCAAUCAAAGCUGUGGCGAAAUUCAUCUAUCUAGCGACGAGAAGAGAGGAAGGGAGGGAGGCGUCACGUACCUGGGUUGAACUCGAGGAGGAGGAAGAGGCCGCGGCGUCGACCCCGGGCGCCGUGGCGGCGAAGGGGGCCCAUGGAGCGCUCCAACUUCUCCUCCGUCGGAUCUCUGUCGCUCCCUGCGGCCCACCCUCCAGCUCCGCCUCCGCCUCCGCUCCCCGACGCCAUCGCCGAGGUGGGGGGUUGGAUGGCCGUACCAGGCGCUCCACGAUGUACCUCACUCACUGACUCAUCGGAGAACUCGCCCGCAGCAAUGGUAGCUCCCUUCUCCACCAUCAACUUCGCCACUCGUCGGAGCGCCGCCGUCGCCGUCGGCGACCAACGCGCCCUUUUCCAACGACAAUACGAGAUAAUCCGAGGGCUUAUUCGAAAAUGAUCCUCCAAUGCUCAGGCGCCCUUAGAUAUCCCGGCCCAUUAAUUAGGGCCCACACGUCAUCCGCAAACCCCUUGAUGGCCCAUAAAAUAUGGGCUCCACGUUGCAUCCCGCCCAUGUUCACUUGCAGCACGUUGGGCUGUGAAAGGGUCCAAAGUCCAAGUAUCGCCCCAGAGACGGCCCGUACACUUUGGGCCUCACAUUGCUCCUGCCCUGCGCUGACGGGCCGCAUGUCCGCGUAGUAUCGUCCCGGCCCACAAAUUAAAUGGAAUCGCUUGCUGGCCUACGCCCAUUAGUCGGCCCGACCGCAAGAGCGAUAGUCUCCUGGAUGAUAGAAUCCGCCGCCAUGGCAGCCGCUCGCCGGAGCUCCGCCGACUGGCCACGGAGCUCCUCUCCGGCGAAGAUUUGCAUCACGUAGGUUCUUCGAGUCUUCCCUUUCCAUAAUGUGCUUUGGCUCUUUCAUCUUCCUCUCUCUGUCUCACAGAUCAGACAAGUGCAAAUGAGAGAUGCUGUACUGCUGAGUAAGCUUCAGAUACUGUUGUGUUACCAAAAAUUAUCUCGGGAAACCAACACUUGACGAGCAUGUCAAUACCUAUUGAUGAGAGAUGUUGUAUGUACUGCUGUUUAAGCUAUAGAACCUAUUGAUGUUAUACAGAUCUGAGUGCAUUUUUUUUCUUUGAUAAUGUCAGGUGUGAGCUCAUGAAACUGGGAUUGUGUUCUGUUCGUAGCAUCCUCUUCUUUCAUUCUUUGUUGUGAAUCAAUGGUCCUGUUGAAGUCACCAAUUGGAUGCUUUGUUCUCUAUGUUCUGCUUCUGUAGCUGGAUGAGUAUCAGUCACUGUAUCUGAACACAUACAGAGUGAACUCUAUGGUUUCAGAGCAGUGCGCUUCAUGCAGCCACGGGGAAGCUGCCUUCUUCCAGGCACAGCGAGGGGAAAGGAAGGCAUGACACUUAUCUUCGUGUGCUGCAACCCCAGCUGCAAUCACAGAUGGAGGGAGUGACAUGUAAAUUAAUUGUAAUUAAUGCUACUAUUAUGCUGCAUGUAAAGGCAAUAGAGCUUUGCAUUAUGCCAUGAAUUGGUAUAUGUUUACUAGUCAAAUCGAGGGAUAAGACGACAAACAAUGAGUAUGAGAUGCCAUUGAGCCCGUGACGGAGGAAACAAAACUCAAGCAUGUGUAUGCUCACCCCUUUGUAAAGGCAAUAAAGCACGCAGCUGGUUUCACAUCA